UCAACAUUGAACGACAAAAUUUUGUAUCAUGGAGUGAAUUUCUAGUGAUGAAUAGACUUCCAGAACUAAAAUCUGGAAUAAAUGAAAAAUUAAAAGAAGUUAGUCCUAAUCUUGAUCUCGCCCAGGCACCACCAAUAAACCAAAAAAGGCUUGUUACAUUUAUAAAUCAUUUUCUUAUAAACACGGUUGAUUUUUUAAAUAAAUUUUCUAAGCACUGUACUCAUAAACUCUUCACUCUUGAUCAAAAAAUAAACAGGAUCGAAGCUGAAUUAUGUUUGUUGGAAUCUAAGUUAAAUUCCAUUCCGGAAGUAGCUGAUUCAAAAGAUGUCAAUGUCGAAUUACCUAAGCCUGAAGAAUCAGAAGUACCUAAAUCUAGUGAAAAUAACGAAGAAAAUGGACAACCUACAGAGGAGGUAAAAGAAAAGGUUGAAAUCCCUGUUGUUGAUGAAGUUGACCCACCUAAGGAGGCAGAGCCAGAAAAUCCUGAACUUCUUAAGUAUCGUAAAAUGAUACAAGUGGGUGUUCCUUUACAAGCUGUCAAAAUUAAAAUGCAAAUUGAAGGUCUUGAUCCUAAUUUGUUGGAUACUUGAUGUAAUGCAGCUGUUAUUCAUGCUAAGCAAUAUCUAAUUUUGUUUAUUCUGAUUAUUUUAAGCCUAUAAAAAUAAUUUAUUUGUAAUAUCUCUGCAUGGAUAACUUGUAACAGAUGUUGUACAUAUGAUUCUAACCAGACAGCCAUAAGCUGGUUUCAGUUCCUUGACUUUUGCAAUUUUAAGUGAUCUGCCAUAAACUAUUCUUCAGAAGAUGGAUUAGUAUUGAUGAAGCUGUCCAAACAAGCCAGAAAUGAUUAUGUGAUAUAAUACAUUAUAUAUUUGCCUUAUAAUAGAAUAUUUUUUGUAAAUAUUUAAGUACGAGCUCAAAUUUUCUCUUGGAAAACAGUUCUUGAAAAUGUGUUUUAUACUAAAAUUCUUUCACUGUUUUAUAUUUGCAAAUUAAAAUGUUUUUAAAAUUUUAUUGUUAUUUUAUUAUACUUACUUAUCCAAAUCUAAUCUUCAAA